CUAGAGGAGUUUAUGAUUAGUGGUUUCUCAGUAACACGACAAGCUGUGAUUUUUAUCUUAUUAACAUCAGGGGAGAAAAUGAAACUGUUUAUAGCUGCGAGAGCAGAAGCGAUAACAGAAGAUAACUUCUAUCAUGGAUGUUCCACAACACUGAAUGCAUCUAAUUAAUAAAACUUUAAUUAAUAAAAAUUGUAAUCAGUGAUAAAUGACUGUAAUAAGAAUUAAACACUGCAGGACGUGCUGUUAUAGGAAAAUCAUCUUCAUAUCAUAUUAGAAUUCCUGUUUUAGUCUUAUUGUAGAUAAUAAACUGUUCAUCCUAUUGUACAGAUUUGCCUCAAGUAAUCAUCAUGACAAAAGUGGAUGAAACCUGCCCUCUGGUUAAAGGUAACCUAAGAAAGGUCUACACCAGCAAGAAGAUCAAAGAAAAGAUGCAGGAGUGUAGUAAUCUGCUGGGUAUUCCACUGAGCAACAUCUUCCCUGUGAAGAACUACCACAUGGAGGUGGACACGAACGACGACGUGGAUGUUCUGAUCCUCAAGGCGCUCGAUCAGAUCGUGAAUCUCGCCAAUGAUGCUCUGGAAAACCAAAACCCUAAUGGAGACGUGCAGGAAUCUGCUGGGUAUUCCAGUGAACCACAUCUUCCCUGUUAAAAACUACCAUGAGGAGAUGGACACAGACGAUGACAUGGAUGCUGUGAUUCUCAAAGCACUGGAUCAGAUCGUGAGCGUCGCCUGUGACGCACUGAGAAAAAAAAACAUCUCUGACCUCUGGUGAAAAAUCUGAAAAGUGAAAGUAGAAUAGGGUUCAAAAACUGAAGGUAUAAAAGUGGGGACUGGGGAAGCUGCUCUACCAGUCGACCCAGUCAGAAGCUCAUUGUUCAUCUGGAUUCGUGGAUAUGUUUCAUGCACUGAAUAAAAUUAUAGGGUUUGUUUACACCUCAACGACCUCAAACACCUCAACGACCUCAAACGCCUCGACCACCUCCACCGGCUCCAGAAUUUGAUAGGCCAUGGAGGAUAAUGCCUUGGGGGAACAAAGACACUUUAGGAGAGAAACUGAGCAACUUUAAGCUCUGCAGUUCUGAUGUUAAGUUUGUCAGGAUUCUGAUCGUUGGUGAAGUUGGAGCAGGAAAGUCCAGCUUUAUAAAUUCAGUCAAUAAUGUUUUCCAAGAGCGAAUCACCUGUGGGGCUCUUGUUGAUGCAACAUCUGGAACCAGUUUCACAAAAAAUUAUAAAACCCAUCAUAUCAAGGGGAAGGACGGCUCCCGUUUACCUUUUGUGUUCAGUGACGUCAUGGGACUUGACUCUGCCGAUGGACGAGGCGCACAUGUACAGGACAUCAUCUCAGCCUUAAAGGGGUUUCUUGAGGAAGGAUAUAAAUUUAAUCCUGCUAAUCCCGUGUCUGAGAAGGACUCCAACUACAAAACAAAUCCCAAAGUUUCUGAUCAAACCUUCUGCCUGGUCAACAUUCUAGCUGCAAACACAGUGUCACUCAUGGACCAAAAGCUUAUUCAAAAGAUGAAAGAGAUCCGUGAGGAGGCUUCAGAGUAUAAUUUGCCUCAAGUAAUCAUCAUGACAAAAGUGGAUGAAGCCUGUCCACUGGUUAAAGAGGACCUAAGAAAGGUCUACACCAGCAAGAAGAUCAAAGAAAAGAUGCAGGAGUGUAGUAAUCUGCUGGGUAUUCCACUGAGCAACAUCUUCCCUGUGAAGAACUACCAUGAGGAGGUGGAUACGAACGAUGACAUGGAUGUUCUGAUCCUCCAGGCGCUCGAUCAGAUCGUGAAUCUCGCCAGUGAUGCUCUGGAAAACCAAAACCCUAAAUUUGAUAAGCCAUGGAGGAUAAUGCCUUGGGGGAACAAAGACAGUUUAGGAGAGAAACUGAGCAACUUUAAGCUCUGCAGUUCUGAUGUUAAGUUUGUCAGGCUUCUGAUCGUUGGUGAAGUUGGAGCAGGAAAGUCCAGCUUUAUAAAUUCAGUCAAUAAUGUUUUCCAAGAGCGAAUCACCUGUGGGGCUCUUGUUGAUGCAACAUCUGGAACCAGUUUCACAAAAAAUUACAAAACCCAUCAUAUCAAGGGGAAGGACGACUCCCGUUUACCUUUUGUGUUCAAUGACAUCAUGGGACUUGAACCUGACGAUGGACGAGGCGCACAUGUACAGGACAUCAUCUCAGCCUUAAAGGGGUUUCUUGAGGAAGGAUAUAAAUUUAAUCCUGCUAAUCACGUGUCUGAGAAGGACUCCAACUACAGAACAAAUCCCAAAGUUUCUGAUCAAACCUUCUGCCUGGUCAAUGUUAUAGCUGCAAGCACAGUGUCAUUCAUGAACCAAAAGCUUAUUCAAAAGAUGAAACGGAUCCGUGAGGAGGCUACAGAGUAUAAUUUGCCUCAAGUUAUCAUCAUGACAAAAGUGGAUGAAGCCUGUCCACUGGUUAAAGAGGACCUAAGAAAGGUCUACACCAGCAAGAAGAUCAAAGAAAAGAUGCAGGAGUGUAGUAAUCUGCUGGGUAUUCCACUGAGCAACAUCUUCCCUGUGAAGAACUACCACGAGGAGGUGGAUACGAACGAUGACAUGGAUGUUCUGAUCCUCAAGGCGCUCGAUCAGAUCGUGAAUCUCGCCAACGAUGCUCUGGAAAACCAAAACCCUAGUGAGAAAUCUGAGUGAAGGCUUUUUUGUUGUUGUUGUUGUUCUUUUCCACCCCUACACCAGUGCAGAGUAUUUAGGACAGUGAAAAAACAUGAAAUUGUGUCUAAAGUACAUUAUUAAAGUAAAGCUAAUUUCUUCUACUGUAAUCAUAACUGGUUUGUGUUUCUGUCGCUGUCACGUUCCUACUGCACUCUGGACUUUUUAUAUUCCAUUAAAUUAAUAAAUAUAAUGAUGUUUGGUCCUACUUCUUUUUUAAGAUUUAUACCAUUACACUAAACAUGUUUUGACAGA